AAUUGACCAAACUUUUAAAAGGUCCACAUUCAGCAAUAACCGCUUGAUAAGUAAAAUUCCUCUUUUAAUUAUGACUGAAUAGCACAACAUAGAACCAUCAUGAUCUCCAAUAAUUCUUCUUUCAGCGUAAUUAAGAGAUUUUGAUAUAAGAAUUAUUAUUCUCGAAGUUUCUCUUCUUAGCAUUGUGAAACAUUAUCUUAUUAUAAAACAUAUAUAUAUAUAAACAACACAUAUUUAAUAUACGUUUAAACAAAUGAUAAGUGUAAUGCCGUGAUAUACACAGAUAUAUCUUUGAUGGGAAGUGCAGGUAAAGACACAGAGUUAGAUCCAUCGUGAUUAGAUACGAAUUGAUGUCUAAAGACUGGAAAAGCUAAGAUAAUCCCAACAUUUAUGUCGUAGAAAAAAAGGGGUUAAAACGUUUGAAAUUCCCAAACUUACAACGAAAUCAUUUCUUUUGGAGUUUGGUCGAUACAUUGAUUUACUGUUUGACAUACGAGAAACGAUUAACGGAUGAAAUUGGCAUAAAAGAACUUUUUUACGUUGGAUAUAUCUUCUAUAUUUAUCAUCUCUUGAAGAUUAAGGAGAAUGUUAUACAGAAGAGAUAUAAACCUUGUACGAUAAAUCUAUGGCAGAAUGAAAUACUGUGAAAUACUUGCUCUCAACUGAGAUUAACAGUAGCAUUUCUCUAUGUCCUGUCUGAUGUGUUUGAAUUCUAAGUAAACUUGGAUGAAUUUCAAAGAGUUCUGAAGAUAUUUAGAUUUCAGUGAAGAUUACAGCUGAAAGCAGUGGAAAUACUUGUAAGCAAUAAAUGGCAACUAGAAGAAAAAUCAAAGUAUACACUGUGGUGGCAAAGAUAGAUAAAGGAAAAGUUUAACACGGUGAAAACUUUAAGGAUUUGGUCUAUUUUUGUCACUUGAAGAGAUGUCAAAAAAUAGACAGAAAUCAUCUUAUCAUUGUGGUGUAUGUGGUAAAAUAUUCUCUGCAAAAAAUGUUUUGACUAAACACCAACACGUUCAUGCAGGAGAGAAGUCAUUUAACUGUGAAGCUUGUGGUAAAUCAUUCUCUCAAAUUGAUAAGCUGAGGUCUCACAAAUGUAUUCAUACAAGAGAAAAGCCAUUUCACUGUGAUAUUUGUGGUAAAUCAUUCAGGACAAGUAGUCAUGUAACUAUACACAAGCGUAUUCAUACAGGAGAGAAACCAUUUCACUGUGAUGUUUGUGGAAAUUCUUUCUCUCAAAAUGGUAUUUUAACUAGACACAAGCGUAUUCAUACAGGAGAGAAGCCAUAUUCCUGUGACACCUGUGGCAAAUCCUUCUCUCAUAGUAAUGUUCUGAUUAAUCACAAGCGUAUUCAUACAGGGGAGAAACCAUAUUGCUGUGACGUCUGUGGUAAAUCAUUCUCACAAAAUAGUACGUUAAUGAAACAUGAACGUAUUCAUACAGGGGAGAAGCCAUAUCACUGUGAUAUCUGUGGUAACUCAUUCUCUGUAAGUUGUAGUUUAACUACUCACAAACGUAUUCAUACUGGAGAAAAGCCAUACCACUGUGAUAUCUGUGGUAAAUCUUUCUCUGUAAGUAAUGCCUUAACUGUUCACAAGCGUAUUCAUACAGGAGAGAAGCCAUAUCACUGUGACGUUUGUGGUAAAACUUUCUCAGUAAGUAAUGCAUUAAGGAGUCACAAACGUAUUCAUACAGGGCAGAAGCCAUAUCAUUGUGAUAUCUGUGAUAAAAGCUUCUCACAAAAUAACACCUUAACUAAACACAAACGUGUACAUACAGGAGAGAAACCUUUUCAGUGUCAUGUUUGUGACAAAUCAUUUUCUCGAAUAGAUCAUGUCAUUAAACACAAGCGUAUUCAUACAGGAGAGAAACCCUUUCAGUGUGAUGUUUGUGGUAAAUCCUUUGCAACAGGUGGUUCCUUAACUUCUCACAAACGUAUCCAUACUGGGGAGAAGCCAUAUCAUUGUGAUAUCUGUGGUAAAUCAUUUUCUGGAAGUAGUGAGUUAACUACUCACAAGCGUAGUCAUACAGGAGAGAAGCCAUAUCAUUGUGAUAUUUGUGGUAAAUCAUUCUCUUACUGUAAUGUCUUCAUUUAUCACAAACGUAGUCAUACAGGUGAGAAGCCAUAUCAGUGUGAUAUCUGUGGUAAAUCCUUCUCUCAAAGUGGUAAUUUGACUAAACACAAACGUAUCCAUAGAGAAUAACCAUUUCACUGUAAUAUGUGUGGUAAAUUAAUCACCCAAAAAUGUAUCUUGGCUUCACAUGUAUCUAUCCAUACAAAUGUGACUAGCAUUGUCAAAAUUCAUUACAUUUUACAACAGCAAACAAUAUUUUAAAACCAUUUUCCAUUAUAAAUCAUGGAUUCACAUUAUGCACUGAGAAGUAAUCCACGACAAUAAUUAUAUAUAUGGUUCUGUUUUUGAAGUAAUGUUCUUUAAACUGAUGCACUUUCUUAUGUCAACCCUUGCAGUGGUGUCUUACCUUGGAUACACAUAUUUUAUAUGGACAUGUGCUAUUUUUU